AUGACGCCCCCUUCAUCCGCCUUUAAAAAGGCAACAAAAAAAGAGGAACCGCCGUUGACGGCCGUCGUUAUCCUGGAUGUUUUCGAUCAAAGAUUCGCACCAAUUCAAGAAUCUUAUCCGUGUAUCGGCACAUUUCCAAUUUGUAAUGUCCCAUCCAUCAAUCUCGUCUUGUCAUGGCUCAUGCGAACUGAAGUGAAAAAUGUACUAUUGGUGGUUAGUGGAUUGAAUGCGCAACACGCUGAAAAAGUUUUGAACGAAUGGAAAUUGGCGUUCGCAGAGCUCACUUUGGUGGUGUGCGAUGGAGUCACCAGUGUUGGUGAUUGUAUGAGAGAAAUGGUUAAUCGAGAGCUUAUUACAGGCGACUUCAUGCUCAUUUCCAACCCAACGGCCGUUGUCAGCUCCGACCUCUCCACUCAAAUCGCUGAAUUCCGAAAACGAAGAAGAGAAAAUGCGGACAAUGUGAUGACACUUCUCUACAGUAAUCGAGAGAAUCCAGAAGGAUUUGUACUCGGAAUUAGUUCGGAAACCCAGAAAUUGAUGCUCUAUCCCCAUGCGAACUCUCUGAAUCAAGUGAAAGCGGAGAAAUUUCAUUUCUAUGAAGGAGUCGAGAUUCGAAGAGACAUCACAACCACAGGAAUUGCAUUGUGUAGUCGAUUGAUCGCAACGCAAUUCAGUGAUAAUUUCGAUUUCACUGGAAUCGAUGAUGUUGUGAGAGAGAUUCUCUCAAAGGAUGAUAUCCUGGGAAUGAGUGUUCAUGUUGAUGUAUUGUCAUCCAAGGAUAGAGCGUUUUGUGCUUAUGACUACGAAUCGCUGAUCAUCCUCAACACGCUAAUGCUCGAGAGAUGGUUCUACCCACUCGUUCCUGAAAGAUCUGAUCCAACACGCUUUUUCUCGGCGAAUCCACGAAAUUUGUAUCUGGAAGAAGAGGGGAAUGAGAUUUGUAUCAAGGCGAAUACGUGGAUACUAAACGAUUCGUGCUCUACCGUCGCUCUCGGAGUAAAAACCAAGAUCUCUUAUGACACAACAAUCCGGAAUUCUUGUAUCGGAGCUCAUACUGAAAUCUCGUCGAAAACGAGAAUCUUCGGAUCGAUAAUCGGAAAGAACUGCAAAAUCGGAGAGAAUUGUCAAAUUGAAUAUGCAUUCAUUGGGGAUAAUGUGACGAUUCCGAGUGGUACUCAUAUUCCGAAAGAGACGAUUAUUGGAAAUGGAGUUGUCUAUCCGAAAGAUUUACCGACUAUUCAGCACUCUGCAAUCUUCAAAAAGGCGAUUGACGAGGAUAAAUAUGAGAAGUUGAGUUCCCAGGCGGUUGGGAGUGUUCACGUGGUAAAGUAUAGACACGGAGGACCGUUCUGGAGACGGGCGGUCGAUGGAAGAACGAAUUUCGCUGUUGAUGGAGAGGACAGUAGUAGUGAAGGAACAACUUCUGAAGAGGAAGAUGAGGGACUUGAUGAUAACGUUCGACAGUUUUAUGAUGAAGUUUUCGAGUCGAUGGAGAAGAUUCUGGAGUCGGAGAAUCAAGUGAUGAGGAAUCUGAUUCUGGAGAUUAACUCGUCGAAACUAGCGUGCAAUGUCUCUCCGGAAGAAGUCGCCAAGAAUGUUUUCGCUGCUUUCCUAGAAUUACCUCAUAAUCAAGAGCUUCGGCCAACUCAAGCACUGAUCGAACGGUGGAAUGAAUUGUUCACAAAUUACUAUCAAUCGUCUUCUGAAGGUCAGAAAGUUGACGAGCGGAAACAGAAGUCACAAAUCAAUUUACUUCUGGCAGUUGAGGAGAAAUUCGUAAGAGAAGAAGGAUUCCGUGCACGUACUCCGAACUUGGUGCAUUUCUUGUAUCAACAGGAUAUUCUGGAUGAUAAUGCUAUCAUUGAGUGGUUUGACUCGAUUGAUAUCAGUGCGGCGACGGAUGGGAUGGAAGCUGGAGUGAAGACGGAUUUGAAAGAGAGAAUGAGCCGAAUUGUGGAUUGGUUGAAGGAGGAUGAAGAGGAAGAAUCAUCUGAUGAAGAGGAAGAAUCAUCUGAUGAGGAAUAG